AUGAACAAUUACAAAACAGUGGUGGCUCAUGGUGGGGUCUCCGACAAUAUAAUAAACCUAUGGGGCGGCACAGACAUUGAGGUUGGUGGCGAGUUCCAAGCCAAGGACUACCAUGAUUCACCACCGGCUCCAUUGGUGGACGCCGAGGAGUUAACAAAGUGGUCAUUAUAUAGAGCCGUCAUAGCUGAGUUCAUCGCCACGCUCUUGUUUCUGUACAUCACCGUCUUGACGGUGAUCGGAUACAAGAGCCAGGUCGACUCCACCAAGGGCGGUGACGAUUGUGGCGGCGUUGGCAUUCUCGGCAUCGGUUGGGCUUUCGGUGGCAUGAUCUUUAUCCUUGUUUACUGCACCGCUGGUAUCUCUGGAGGACACAUUAACCCAGGAGUGACAUUCGGGCUUUUCUUGGCUAGGAAAGUGUCAAUGGUUCGAGCCAUACUUUACAUGGCGGCUCAAUGCCAGGGUGCCAUUUGUGUGUGGUCUGGUGAAGGCAUUCCAAAAAAUCAUAUUACAAUCAGUAUGGAGGAGGAGCCAACAGCCUUGCAGAUGGAUACAGCACUGGAACUGGUUUGGGAGCUGAAAUCAUCGGCACCUUUGUUCUUGUCUACACUGUUUUCUCGGCAACUGAUCCCAUGA